UAUCUUUCUCUUCUUUCUCUCUCUUGUUCCUCAGCCGCGGAGCGCCGUAAAUGACGCGAUCCCUAUAGCUACGGUUUCUCCUCUUUCUCUGUAGGGUUUUUGCUGGCGGAAAUGCGCCCCAAGGAUCGAAUUUCCUACUUUUACGACGGAGAUGUUGGGAGUGUGUACUUUGGACCCAAUCAUCCCAUGAAGCCGCACAGGCUUUGCAUGACCCACCAUUUAGUUCUUGCAUAUGACCUUCACAAGAAAAUGGAGAUUUAUCGACCCCAUAAGGCAUACCCUGUUGAGCUGGCUCAAUUCCAUUCAUCAGACUAUGUUGAGUUCCUAAAUCGUAUAAGACCAGACACCCAGCACUUGUUCUCAAAUGAACUGCGAACAUAUAAUCUUGGAGAAGACUGCCCUGUUUUUGAAAACAUGUUUGAGUUUUGUCAAAUUUAUGCUGGAGGAACAAUAGAUGCUGCACGUAGGUUGAACAAUCAACUCUGUGACAUUGCUAUAAAUUGGGCUGGUGGUUUACAUCAUGCUAAGAAGAGUGAGGCAUCUGGAUUUUGCUACAUCAAUGACUUGGUUUUGGGAAUUUUGGAGCUUCUGAAGCAUCAUGCCCGCAUUUUGUAUAUAGAUAUAGAUGUGCAUCAUGGUGAUGGGGUUGAAGAGGCCUUUUAUUUUACUGACAGGGUGAUGACUGUUAGUUUUCACAAGUAUGGCGAUAUGUUCUUUCCUGGCACUGGUGAUGUGAAGGAUAUAGGAGAAAGAGAAGGAAAGUUUUAUGCCAUAAAUGUCCCACUCAAGGACGGAAUUGAUGACACUAGCUUCACUCGACUAUUUAAGACUCUUAUAUCCAAGGUUGUUGAAAUAUACCAGCCGGGUGCAAUCGUUCUUCAAUGUGGGGCAGAUUCACUGGCUGGAGAUCGUUUGGGCUGCUUCAAUCUCUCAAUUGAAGGACAUGCUGAAUGUGUUAGGUUUGUCAAGAAAUUCAAUUUGCCCUUACUGGUAACUGGAGGUGGAGGAUACACCAAAGAAAAUGUUGCACGUUGUUGGACUGUUGAAACAGGAGUUCUUUUAGAUACAGAACUUCCUAAUGAGAUCCCAGAAAAUGAGUAUAUCAAAUAUUUUGCACCAGACUGCUUGUUGAAGAUACCAAAUGGGCACAUUGAGAAUUUAAAUAGCAAAUCAUAUCUUAGUACGAUCAAAAUGCAGGUGUUAGAAAAUCUUCGUUCCAUCCAACAUGCUCCAAGUGUUCAGUUGCAAGAGGUUCCACCAGACUUCUACAUUCCUGAUUUUGAUGAAGAUGAGCAAAAUCCUGAUGAACGAAAUGAUCAGCACACCCAAGACAAGCAAAUCCAGCGUGAUGACGAAUAUUACGAUGGAGACAACGAUAAUGAUCAUAAUAUGGAUGUCGGCUGAAGUUAACCAUAGGUUCUUGUCUUGGCAGCAUCAGCUUGUAACAUGGAGGAUACAGUAAUCAGAUUCAGCAACUCAAAGCUUACACCUUAUGAAUGAGGGGACAUGGACUUCUGCGCCGUUAAUGGUUCAUUGUGUUUUGUGGACUUCACUUUACUCUAUAUAUAUAUAUAUGUUUGAUACAUCAAAGAAGUUAGUUGCUGAGAGCAUAAGCGUGUGAAUUUUCGAACUCAACCUUAAACUAAGGUUUUUUUAAGUUAGUCUUAAUUCAGUCAAGCUCUUGUUUGUUCUGCUCAGUUUAUAUUUGUGCACGGAAAAUGGUCUUCUUUGCCACGAUGAUUGAGCGAGCAAUGGGUUCUUUAGAAGAUCAAAUUUUUGUCAAUUUCUCGAAGGUUGAGAUUCUGGCAUUUACUUUUUGUUGUUUUGCAUGUUUCCUGUUCGGUGGUUUUCAUUUGAUCUGUUACUUUGAUUUGGGUUUCUCUCUUUUUUUCAUUUAUUCUUUCUUGACUUCGCCAUUGUUGGCUUGGUGUUUGAAUGGAUCUGGGGUUCUGCAAGUUGUUGAACUUGGAUUUCAAGGAGAAAGUUUGUUGAGGAGAGACAAAAGUGCAUCUGUAUAUGUUCAAGAUAAUGACAACAAAUUUGAAUCUGAUUU